UCGGGGCGCUGGCGGAGGCCGCGGCGGCCGCGCGGGGGAUGUUGGAGCUGAGGCACCGGGGAGGCUGCCCCGGCCCCGGGGCCGCGGGGGCGCCGCCACCCCGCGAGGGAGAGGCGGCCGGCGGCGACCACGAAACCGAGAGCACCAGUGACAAAGAAACAGAUAUUGAUGACAGAUAUGGAGAUUUGGAUUCCAGACCAGAUUCUGAUAUUCCAGAAAUUCCACCAUCUUCAGAUAGAACCCCUGAGAUCCUCAAGAAAGCUCUGUCUGGUUUAUCUUCAAGGUGGAAAAACUGGUGGAUUCGUGGAAUUCUUACUCUAACUAUGAUUUCGUUGUUUUUCCUGAUCAUCUACAUGGGAUCCUUUAUGCUGAUGCUUCUUGUUCUAGGCAUCCAAGUGAAAUGCUUCCAUGAAAUUAUCACUAUAGGUUAUAGAGUCUAUCGCUCUUAUGACCUGCCAUGGUUUAGAACAUUAAGCUGGUACUUUCUACUGUGUGUAAACUACUUUUUCUAUGGAGAGACUGUAGCUGAUUAUUUUGCUACAUUUGUUCAAAGAGAAGAGCAACUCCAAUUCCUCAUUCGCUAUCAUAGAUUUAUAUCAUUUGCCCUCUAUCUGGCAGGUUUCUGCAUGUUUGUGCUGAGCUUGGUGAAGAAACAUUAUCGUCUACAGUUUUAUAUGUUCGCAUGGACUCAUGUCACUUUACUGAUAACAGUUACUCAGUCACAUCUUGUCAUCCAAAAUCUGUUUGAAGGCAUGAUAUGGUUCCUUGUUCCAAUAUCAAGUGUUAUUUGCAAUGACAUAACUGCUUACCUUUUUGGAUUUUUUUUUGGGAGGACUCCAUUAAUUAAGCUGUCUCCUAAAAAGACUUGGGAAGGAUUCAUUGGCGGUUUCUUUUCCACAGUCGUAUUUGGAUUUGUUGCUGCCUACAUGUUAUCCAAAUACCAAUACUUUGUCUGCCCAGUGGAAUACCGAAGUGAUGUAAACUCCUUUGUUACAGAAUGUGAACCCUCAGAACUUUUCCAGCUUCAGAGUUAUUCACUUCCUCCCUUUCUAAAGGCAGUGUUGAGACGGGAAACAGUGAGCUUGUAUCCUUUCCAGAUACAUAGCAUUGCUCUUUCAACAUUUGCAUCUUUGAUUGGUCCUUUUGGAGGCUUCUUUGCCAGUGGAUUCAAAAGAGCUUUUAAAAUCAAGGAUUUUGCAAACACCAUUCCUGGACAUGGCGGGAUAAUGGACAGAUUUGAUUGUCAGUAUUUGAUGGCGACUUUUGUGCAUGUGUACAUCACAAGUUUUAUAAGGGGUCCAAAUCCCAGCAAAGUGCUACAGCAGCUGUUGGUGCUUCAACCAGAACAGCAGUUGAAUAUUUAUAAAACCCUGAAGACUCAUCUGAUUGAGAAAGGAAUCCUACAGCCCACCUUGAAGGUAUAGCUGGAUCCAGAAAGGGGAGGACUGACAAUAAGGAAUUCUACAGAAAAGCACUGGCAGAUAAAAUUUUGUGAUUGUACAGAAAACUGGUUGAAAAUGCAAUAGAUUGAAGUUUUACAGACACAAAUGUUCCUUCUCGAAAUUACUGUGAAUAUUUAGCACUUACUUGAUCUUAGUUAUGAAAUAAGUAGCAAAUUAUCAGCAAAAGAUCCUGUACUUUUUCUAAAGUGUAUUUUCUGAUGUUAACUUCCUUCCCCUGACUUGGUAGGUUUCAUAAUGUAAAAAGACUUGUAUUUUAAAGAGUCAAACAGAAAAAGAGUAAAUUGAGGAUGUCUUAAGAUCAGAUCUGGCAUUGUGCCCUUUGCACAAAUAUUUACUUUUGUAUUUGGAGCUGCUCUUGAUUUUAACAAAAUGUUUUAUGUGAGGCACAAUAGGAUGUUAGUUCUCCUGCACUUCCUCCUCUUAGUCUGAAGUCCUUUCUGAAGGGCUAAGUUGGAUCCAAAAAAAAAAAAAAAAAAAAAAAAACUUGUUCAAUUUUCAAAGAAGUAAGUAAUUAUUUGCCUGGGAAAAACAUUCCACUUUUAGGUAGGUUCAAAAAGAGCAGACAUCAAACUCUAAUCCUGAUAAAAUUGUUUGGAAAAACAUGACACUAGCAAAAAAAAUUUUCAAGAGAAACAAAGGAGAAUUCUGCUAUGAAGAACAUAAUGUACACAUCCUCCACAGAUUAUCUCCACAGAUGACGACAGUUCAGAAGGCAGCGUAAGACAAUGGUGUGGGACCCGGGCCACCUCUUGGUCGAAUUCUCUCCUUUUCCUUUUUUCCCAGUUAGCCGGUUUCUAUCAGUUCUGUGGCCUCAAGCACAUAAGAUCAAUAUAUAGGGUAGCGAGUAGGGGUGGUGGCUGAAGCAGAGCAGGGGGUGCUUCGCUGAGCAAGAGUGGCCCGUCCCCGGAUGAGGCUCUGCAUGCCUGUGUCCUGGGGGCCUUCCUGCCAGUGCCCUGGGGGCUGCCCCUGUGCCACCCACAGGACACCCACCUGGGGAGAAGAGAUUCAAGCCGGGACUAACUCCAUGGUAACAGUUCAUCCUUGCUCCGUUCCUCUUUCACAUCAUGUCAUUAAAUCUGAGGACAUCAGCUGAUGAUUUUUUUCUUCCAAGAAUGAAAAUCAAGCAGAAGUGACUCUCAUCAAGAACAAAAAGCACACGAAUGCCAAACCUUUCCUUUGUUGGACAGGACACUGUAACCGGAUAAGAAAUUUAUUCUCAUCAGUGAAUGUAAAUAAGCUGUAGUUGCUGUGUGCCCUCUACAACCGUAUUUAUUGUAGUGAACAGGUGGCACUAAACCUUCAGAAAAUUGCCUAGUGCUCCUUGGCUCUUCAGAGAGGAGAAAUUGAUAUAUUUCAAAGAAUGUUUUGCUAAUGAGAAGAGUAAAUAUUUUUGUUUAAAUCAGAAACAAAUUCCAGUUAUUUUAUAUUUCCGUUCUAUACGUGAAAUAAAAGAUCACAGAUCUGCCUGAGAUCCAUGGAUCUAAAUCUAACUAGCAGCUUCAUCAUGCGCACUACAUGAUUCGUAGAUAUAGUUGAACUCAAUACCAGGAGUCUGCUUUCUUGGUUUGGCAUGCACACAGUCAGUUCGUCUGCACUGGAUGUGUUCAGUCAGCGUUAUUUCAGACCAUCCGUCCCGUAAAAACGUAGAAUUGGCACUGGAAAUGUUAUUGCAGGAGGGAAUUAUUCCUCUUAAAGUCAGGCUACCUACAGGUUUAAUUUGCAGCAUCUCUCACUUAUAUUUGCCGCAUUAAAAGCUCCAAAUGUUACCAUAAAAGAAUUUAGAUUAGCAGAGGAUAAAAAAUAAAAUGGAAAACCUGUCACAAGAACUUACAAUAAAAACUUGGGUGAUUUAUACAGUAAGAACUGCAUGGAGAUACACGGUUCCCUCCCCAAUUUUUCUUUAAAGUAAUUGGUGAGGCACUGCAAUACAGAAUUACAAGAAAGCAUUACUGAAUACGUGUAUUAUAAAAUCAAUAAUAUUAUAAACAAAAUAUGAAGCUAGAAAUAUUUGGGGUCACAGUAAAUAGCUUUCCUCAAAUAUACUUUUAGAGGUGGGUGUACAUUAUUCUGUAUGUAAAAAAGUAAAUUCUUAAUUUUAACAGAGCUCUAACGAUUGACUUUUUAGUGUACUUUUAUAGCAUGUAUAUUAAAAUAGAAUAUAUUUUAGCAAAAGAUUGCCAUGAAACCCUGAUUUCGAUCAUUUUUAUAUUUGCACUGUGAAGAGAGCUUAAAUUCCAGAGUGGGAAUGUGGUGGCAGAAAAAUAAAAGACUGGGGACUUCCUUCACAGUAAUGGCUAAUUCCAAAUUUGCUAUUUUUGGAGGUACUCGUACUAAUUGCUUGACUUUUUAACCUGUGGGAUGCAAAUGUUUCCUCAGUGCUUUUCCCUUUGUGGUGGUUACAUACACAUUUACUGUCUGUGAAUAAAAAGACCACACUUUUUGCUUUAUUUAUAAUGUCUCUUCCUUGGUACUUUGGUUUGAACAAAGACUAUCACCUUGUUCAGUGAAAAAACAAGUAGGAACAGUGGACAUGUACUGUAUAUGGGUGGGAGAUAGCUUAUUAUUUGCAUCAAUAAGUUCUCUGAAUCUUUUACUGAAAUUGAGAUAGGAAAAUAAAAUGGAAACAAAUCACA